AUGCCGCCCCCCUUGCAUCUCCCCAUAAUUCCCAAUACCCCUUCCAUCGCCGACCACCUCGCAGCGCUGUCCGCCCUCUCCUUGAACCUCUCCCAUCUCCCCUCGUCACCCUCGCCAGCCGUCAGAGUACCUCUCGGCGCUAAAGCCUCGUUGACCGGCACAGUCUCCGACACCAAUACCGUCCUUGUAUGCCUCGGGUCUGCAGGAUCAGGAGGAAGAUGGGGAGAAGGGGAACAGUAUUGGGUCAAGAUGACACCGGAUGAGGCUGCAGCAUUCGUGGACAGACGGCGCGAGAGGAUACUGAAAGAGCAGGCUCGGAGGAUUGAUGGGCUUGGACGGGGAGAGGAAGAGGAAGCGGUUGUGGAUAAAGGAGAAGACGUGGUGUCUUUGUGGCAUCCCUCGUUCUACCCAGUGGGUGCUGAGCCUUGGACGGUAUCGUCGGGAGCACCAGCGGGUACUACGGAACAACCCGGGCACCUAGUCGAGCCUCCAUUACUUCCUCAAUCUGGUACAUCUGUCAUUCGGGAUGACACCGUGUCUACGCAGACUGUAGACAAUGUACCAGAUAUCCAACCAUCACCGAAACCUGCUCCUCAACAAAGCAAGGGCAGCGGGAAAGCGCCAGCCCAAGAGCCCAAAGCCAAUGAUUUGAUUGAAAUCAUGACGGAGGGUGCUGCUGCUGCGUCCAAGGAUGCGAAAGAGGCGAAGGAUGACGAGACUAUAUACAACGAAGAGGGUCUACCUUUCCACGAGAUUCGCGAAACGAUGGACGGCAAGACCAUCGGGGAUCUUCCACCACCUUCCUCUUCGUCUACCCAAGAGACUGUGCUGGAUGAUGCUCCAGACGAGUAUUGGACAGAAGCUGCUGUCAAGAGGCGCGAGGCACUCCGGAAAAAGCUAUUCCAUGAAGGAGACUCGAGUGAUGAAGAGGAGGUCGAUGGCGCCGAGCCAGCCCCUCUCGGUCCCGAGAAUGAUGUGACCCCAAAAUCCCCUUCCGACCAUACUCCCCCUCAAUCUAUCCUCCGCAAGACUAGCUCUUCCUCAUCCACCGCUUCCUCCCGCUCACAGACCCCAUCCUCCAAGCCCAAAUCGAUUCUCAAAGCUCCCGCUCAAAAGAAGAAGUCUGUCAAAUUCGACCCUUCCAUCCCUCCUUCCCCCUCGUCACCGGACCCAGGACCAUCUUCAUUCCAAUCUCAACUGCUGCACGGUAAUAAGUUUAGUUUCCCCCUACCGCUGGCAGCGGACGGCGACGACUGGGGAGAGAAGCCGGUCCCGGUUUUGAAUGAGCCCAAGCCCAAGGCUAAGGCAACAGUCCUUCCUAUACAGGCAGUUGGAGCGCAGGUAGUGGAGAAGGAUGACGGGUUUGCAGGUUUCAAGAAGGGUUUCUUGGAAAGACCUCCGAAAGUUCAAUCUGCCACUUCUCCUGCCACCACGCCGUCGUCUCAGCCCAAAUCGACGCCUGUCCCCGAACCUCUUAAACCGAAAAAGACAUCUCUUUUUGCUAAACGUCUAGCCCACUCCGAAGUUGAUGCCUCAGCUCCGCCUACGUCUUCGGGUGCUACACCUGCGACAGCUUCGCCCCGAGGGUUACCGAACCUGCCAAGAGAGUCGGAGAGCAAGGGAACGAGUGCAGUGAAGAGUGGAGUCGUGGAGAAGGCCCCUGUGGCCCCCGCAGCCCGAUCUCAAGGAAAGGUGGUCGAGCGUACUACCAUGCCCUCGAAACCCUUGCCAAGUAUGCCCCCAAUCAUCUCGCUUGCUCCCGAGCAAGACGACGACCACGGGGAUGAAAACGACGACGACGACGAUGAAGACUUUUCCGAGUUUAGCUCUGGUUCAGAGGACGAAUACGACCUAGACGAUGCGCUUCUCGCCCGCGAAGUCGCACUGGAAUACCAUAAACGACGGGCGUACAUGUCGCUGAACCGGGAUCCGCGAGACCGGGCAAUGUCUAGUCGUCCCGAAGGGUCAGAAUUUGUACCCGAAGAAGGCGAUAUCGGAGAGGAGGAAGAAGACGGCCGACUGGGCAACUUGCAGCAGGCCGGGGUGAUGUUGGGAUUACCGCGAAUAGGAGAUAUGAAGGCGGAUGAUGGCAAGCCAAUGAUCAUCAACCCGACGGCGGAUGAUUUGAAGCGUUUCGUGAGGGUGGGCAGGUUGGAAAAUGGCAAUCUCGUGCUUGCUCCAGGCCAGGAGGGUCUUUCAGACUCGGAGGGUGAGGGCGAAGAUGGAGAGGAUGGCGCUGAGGAUGAAGAUCUGGACGAGAAGGAGGAGAGAAGGAAGGGGGUCAAGUCGAGGAGAGAUGAAGUGAGGAGAAAGCUUUUGGGCAUCGAUGUGGAAGAGAGCGCGCCAGCAGACGAGAAGAAGCCAGGGUUGAGCGAAAGGAAAGGGUUGCCCCCUGCCCUACAGACGGACGUGAAGGAGCAAUCUCAGCCAGUAGCCCCGGUGGCUGCUGUGGAAGAGCCAAAGAAGAAGAUCUCAAAAUUCAAAGCAGCCCGUAUGGCAGGAGGACAAUAG